AUGUCCCUCUUUGGCGGAGGUGGCGCCACGGGCGGCAACUCGAUCUUUGCUCAGAAUAAUCAGAACCAGCAGCAGGGCAAUGCGACGUCGGCGGGCAGCGUGUUUGGUCAGAACACGCAGGCCGCUGCUGGAAACGCGGGCAGCGUGUUUGGCCAGAACACGCAGGCCGCUUCUGGAAACGCCGGCAGCGUCUUUGGCCAAAACACGCAAAACACUACUGGAAACGCCGGCAGCGUCUUUGGCCAGAACACGCAGGCCGCUACUGGAAACGCCGGCAGCGUCUUCGGCCAAAACACGCAAAACGCCACUGGAAACGCCGGCAGCGUCUUUGGCCAGAACACGCAGACCGCUGCAGGAACCGCUGGUAGCGUCUUUGGACAGGCUGCGCAGAACCAGACGCCACAGGCCGGCAGCGUCUUUGGCCAGAACACGCAAAACGCUGCCGGAACCGCUGGUAGCGUCUUUGGACAGGCUGCGCAGAACCAGACGCCACAGGCCGGCACGACGGGUGGCCUAUUUGGUCAAAACGUCUUCGGUCAAAACGCGCAGAACCAAACACAGCAAGCUGGGACAACAGGCGGUGGCUUUUUUGGCCAACCGACACAAACCGCUCAACUAGGCGGCGCGAACGUCUUUGCUAGCCAACAGCAGCCGGCCGCAUCUACGUUUGGCGGCAGUUUGUUCGCCAAUCAGCCGCAGAGCAACACGCAAAGUUCAGGGACCGCGUCAUCGCUGCCCGCGGGCGCCUACUUCGACACUCUCUUUGCCAAGACGCAAAAGACUGGCCAGAAUACUUCCAAUAUGGAGGAUCUCCCGAGCCUCGAGCUGGGCCUUGGCGAUCUCCGCCACCGUCUACGAAAACUACAGUCUAAGCCGAAUGAGAAGCCCCUCGAGGGCAAAGCACACUACCUGCUUGCUGCGGCAGGUGUCAACCCCGGUGCUACUGCCAAGGACUUGGGAUUUUUGGAUGUGCAGGGACGCGGCGAACGCGCCGCGACUGGCGGUUAUGCUCCAAACGAAAUCGAUGUCGAAACUUACCUCUCGAACCUGCAAACUAAGACAACCCUUAGCAUGAUUUCAGACGGCUUGGACCGAUCGGUUCGCGAUUUUGACAACUUUCUCGAGGACAAUGUUGCUCUAGAGUGGGAUGCGCAACGCAAGCGAAUAUAUGACCACUUUGGCAUCACUCCUCGCGAGACUGGAACUGCUGGUCGCGAAAGCCAAGCAGGGUUUGGCCGCUCGCGACGAAGCAAAAACCAGAGCGGCACUGGCAAGACGGCUCGUGGUUCCGUCCUUGGAAACUCCAAUUUACAUCGCUCCGUCAUUGGUGCUCCGAGUCGCAUCGGAAUGCAUGAGUCCGAAUUCACAGAUGUCGACCCAUCAGCAGAAGUCAAAAAGAAGGGUGGGGUGGAAGACCGCGCCAUGCGUGAGAGACAGCUGAAGCUCUCCGAUAAGGUUCGCAACUUGAACAUGUACCGAUUAGACAACCGCCCAUACCCCAUUCUGCACGAACUCUGCCGGAUUGAAGAGAAAUCACAUGAACCGCAUGCGUCUCAUGUCGUUGAGGCGUACCGAGCCAUGAUUGAGAUUGUUGGCGAGGAACCUGCCAAUGCGCCUCUCGGCUACAGCGCGACAAAGGAGCGCCACUUUGCUGGCAUGUAUCUGGACGAGAAUGUCAACUCUCCUCAAGCCGUCGAAAUGAAGAAGAGGAUUCUGGGUGGCGCAAACACAUUUUUAGAAAAGCAGUUCAUUCGACAGGUCGAAAGCCUCAUUCUGAAGCAUCCUCACGAAGCCAAACUCGGCGGUCUCCCAGAUAUCACAAGCAAGAUCAAGGCAUACAUCCGCCUUCGCUCAGCAAGAAAAGACUUGGUGCCCGACAAUACUGAAUUGCAACAGGUCCAGGGCGAGUUUGUAUGGGCGAUUGUCUUCUACCUGCUGCGGUCCGGCAACGUCAGCGAAGCCGCGAAAUAUGUCAAUGACAACAGCAAUCACUUUAGAGGAAUUGACAGGACAUUCUCGACAUAUCUCAACAACUACGCUGCCAGCGAAGAUCGCAGAAUUACCAACAGAAAGCUGCUCGAGCGUUGUACAAACGAAUACGUCCAGCGAUACCGCAAUGCUCCAGACAACUCCAUCGAUCCGUUCCGCAUGGCUUGUUACAAAGUCAUUGGCCGAAUUGAACUAGCCAACCGCGAUCUGAAUGGUUUCAAUACUGACAUCAAUGACUGGAUCUGGCUGCAGUUCAACCUCGCCCGCGAAGGCGACAAGAGUGUGGAAAUGGCAGGCGAGUCGUAUGGUCUCGCAGAGCUGCAAAUCAGCAUUCGGGAGAUUGGUCUUAAGCACUUCCCCAAGACUGUCUCCGACGACAACAACAGCGGCAGUUUUGGAAUGUUCUUCUAUCUUCAGAUUCUUGCGGGCAUGUUUGAAGAUGCCAUCGGCUACCUCUACUCCUUCUCCUACGUCGACGCUGUUCACUUUGGUCUCGCCCUGGAGUAUUACGGUCUGUUGAGGCCCAGUGACGCAAUGUCGUCACCGAAUGAUCUCCGCAGCCACAGCAGCAAGGGCCUACCUCAAAUCAACUUUGGUAGGAUGAUCGGAUACUAUACUCGUGACUUCCGCGCCGCCGAUGUUGCCUCAGCUGUUGACUAUCUGACAUUGAUCUGCCUUAACCAAGACCUAGGCGGGGAGGCUGGUCGAAGACAGAGCAGCCUAUGCCACGAAGCCUUGCGUGAGCUAGUACUGGAGACGCGUGAAUUCAGCAAGCUCAUUGGAGACAUUCGCCCCGACGGCCAGCGCAUCCAAGGUAUCAUUGAAAUUCGCGGUCCUCUUAUUGGUCUGGGCGACGAGGACGACUUUAUCAACACUGUCACGCUGCAAGCUGCAAGCUUUGCUGACGAGAACGGGAGAACUACCGAUUCCGUACUGCUGUAUCACCUCGCUGGCGAGUACGAUGCUGUUGUUGCGAUUGUUAGCCGCGCUAUUAGCGAAGCUAUCUCUCUUGAAAUUGGUGAAGAUCCUAUGCGCUUGAUGCCCAUCAAGCCCCGAGCUGGCGACAGCGAUGCGGAUGCCCAGCAAGGAACCAGUCUGAGCUUGGCUGCCAUUGACGAUCCUAUCGAGCUUGCUAAGACAAUGAUGCGGAUGUACGAACGCGAUGCCAUGUUCUUCCGCAAGAUUCAGGACCAUAAUAAGAUGGCCUGCCGAGUCUUGUUGGAGAUGAGCACUAUCAAGAAUCUUGUAGAGACCGGUCAGUGGGCGCAAUGUCUUGAUAAAAUCCGUGGUCUCGAGAUUCUGCCACUGGAUGCUGGUGGCGAUGCCAGCACCAUUCGCGCUUACGCCGCCAAAUUUUCGGCCAUGCCACAGCCCGUUUCCAUCAACGUGCCGAAUCUGUUGAUGUGGACCGUCCUUUGUUGUGUGCGCCAGCGCGAGCAGCUCACCAACGGCCAGUUUAGCGGCAACGAGGGCACGCGCAAAUUGAUGGUGGACCAGCUCAAGCAGUUGACGCUCGACUUGACGACGUACACUAGCCAGUUGCGGUACCGCUUCCCGCCGCAUCUGCACGAGGCACUGGCGAGGGCGUCUGCGGAAUAA